CUGCCUGCGAGUAUAAAAUCCGUUUCCGCCUUUUGGCAGGAGAUUGAAAACUGGCUAAAAAAAAUCUGAAGGGAGUGGGUGGAGAAAGUAAGAGGGAAAAAAAACAAAUAAAGAAUCUAUAUUUUUAUACAAUUCAGAAGGAAUUCGUGAGUACGCAGCGCUGCGGGCUAUGGACAGUCAGGGCAGGCGUGUGGUCGUGUGUGAUAAUGGGACCGGGUUUGUGAAGUGCGGUUUCGCCGGCUCCAAUUUCCCAGAACACAUCUUCCCGGCUCUGGUGGGCCGACCCAUCAUCCGAUCCACCGCCAAAGUGGGCAACAUCGAGAUCAAGGAUCUGAUGGUGGGGGACGAGGCCAGUGAGCUGCGCUCCAUGCUGGAGGUGAACUAUCCCAUGGAGAAUGGGAUCGUGCGGAGCUGGGAAGAUAUGAAGCACCUGUGGGACUACACCUUCUCGGCAGAGAAGCUGAACAUCGAGCCUCGAAACUGCAAGGUCCUGCUCACUGAACCGCCCAUGAACCCCAUCAAGAACCGUGAGAAGAUCAUCGAGGUGAUGUUUGAGACGUACCAGUUUGAUGGAGUCUACAUUGCGAUCCAGGCAGUGCUCACUCUGUAUGCACAAGGUUUGCUGACGGGGGUGGUAGUGGACUCAGGGGAUGGGGUGACCCACAUCUGUCCGGUCUACGAAGGCUUCGCUCUGCCCCACUUGACCAGGAGACUGGACAUCGCCGGCCGAGACAUCACCCGCUAUCUCAUCAAGCUGCUGCUCCUCCGUGGCUAUGCCUUCAACCACUCCGCGGAUUUUGAGACGGUGCGCAUGAUAAAGGAGAAGCUGUGCUACGUGGGAUACAACAUCGAGCAGGAGCAGAAACUGUCCCAGGAGACCACAGUGCUGGUGGAGUCCUUCACGCUCCCGGACGGGCGUGUGAUCAAGGUGGGGGGCGAGCGCUUCGAGGCCCCCGAGGCUCUGUUCCAGCCGCACCUCAUCAACGUGGAGGGGGUGGGCGUGGCCGAGCUGCUCUUCAACACCAUCCAGGCUGCCGACAUCGACACCAGGUCGGAGUUCUACAAGCACAUCGUCCUGUCUGGAGGCUCCACCAUGUACCCAGGGCUGCCGUCCCGGCUGGAGCGGGAGAUGAAGCAGCUCUACCUGGAGAGGGUGCUCAAGGGAGACGUGGACAAGCUGUCUAAAUUUAAAAUCCGCAUCGAGGACCCCCCACGACGGAAGCACAUGGUGUUCCUGGGGGGGGCGGUGCUCGCCGACAUCAUGAAGGAUAAAGAGUCCUUCUGGAUGACGCGGCAGGAAUACCAGGAGAAGGGCGUGAAAAUCCUGGAGAAACUGGGCGUGACCGUGCGGUAAAGCCUCCCGCGACCUUCGACCCCACCCACCUCUCAUACACAGCCCAGCCCCCUCCCCCCUUUCUGAUUGGUUGGGAACCCAGUCCAGGUUUUUUUUAAUUCAACCAGACCGGUUUCCCUAGUUAAUACAGACUGUAAUAUAUUUACGAAACUCUUCACUAAUUGUUCUAAUAUAAUUGAAGGAAUCAUGUCAGUUGUUUUUACACGUGGCGCCUGCUUUUCUCCUGCAGACAGUAAGGCUAGAAGAACUGGGGAUGUAUAAAUUAAUGUGGGGGAAAUUAAGUUACAAAUAUGUUACCCAGAUAAUAAUUUGUUAUUAGGCCAUCCUUUUGUUUUAAGGCAGUGUGGUCAUUAAUCCUCUUUACCCCACGGUGCCAUCAGUACUCUGUUGCUUUUUGAUGCUCCCCUCUGACAACAACAUGACAAGGGGCUGCCCAGUCGUGUUGUUGAGGCAGAAUCACUGGGAUCCUUUAAGACCCGUCUUGACAAAGUUCUGAGAUCAAUCAGCAACUAGGAACAGGAUGAGCUUAGAUGGGCCGAAUGGCCUCCACUCGUUCGUACAUUUACUUAUGUCCUUAUAUAAAUGCAGAGUAGGUGAGGGCAGGCAAAGCUGUAACAUCACAUUGUCACAUGAUUAGAAUGGAAUAAAGAAGGCAUUUAGGAUUCUUCAGACAAGCAUAUAUAUAUAUAAUCCCUUGAACUAUAAACAGACUGUCAGUAUUGUCUGGGAAAUCUAAAUCGGACUUUAUUUUUUAUUUUUUUUAACUCUUUAAGGUACAUAUGUGUCCCGCAAAUAAAGAUGUUGGUAACUUCCUUAUUUCUUCAUGAAACAGAGUUUAAAAUGUACCGACAGGCUGGAUCUGGUGAUCCUUGAGUCACUCUGCAAUGUAUUUUAAGAAGAAACCGUUUGAACAACAAGCGCUCAAUUCCUUGUGUACCUUCAGGGGUUUAAAUAUAUUUUAAUGAUCAAACCUGGAGUGGUGAUUUUAACUGAUCAGACAGGGGAAUGUCGGGCUGUUUUUUCUUUGUGUUUUGGUACUAAUCCUCACCUCGACGCAAGAACUCAGGACCCCAAACCUGCUCCAGGAUGGAUGGUGUGCCUUUCGGAAAAGUUCCCAGGGCUGUGUUCAUAAACCUCAACCAUCAACUGCACAUCAAUCAUAAAAAAAAAAUACUCAAGCAGAGUUUGCCUUCCUCAGUGCUGUGUCUGUUAUUUCUCCCGUCAAAGGGAUCUUACGAUGUAUAAAACAUCUCUUGAGUCAAAGCUAUAAGACACCAAGAAGACGCAUGUCUCAAUUUAGUCAUUUGGUGUAUUCUUUUUGUUGCCAAUACAUGUGGUACACCAGGGUGUAACCAUUAACCUUUCCCCCCUGCAACACUCUGCCCCCUAGUGGAUAGAAGAAAUAAAUCAGUAUGAAAUACCACUUGGAACAAAUGCGCUAUUUCUUCCAUUCACUAGGGGGCAGAGUGUUGCAGGGGGGCAGGUUAUCGGUUACACCCUAGAGUUCCAGAUCAUUCUGAAAGCUCUACUGAGACCACAGGGUUCACCAGGAUGUGAUUGAUGACUGAAGUGAAUGUAGACCAUACGAAUAGGCAAUAUAUUACACACCCAGAUCAAGCUGUUUUUUAAACAUGAAAACGUAUAGCAUUUUGCAUGUCUUUAGCUUGUAACUGGACUUAAAUUACUGUGAUGACUAGGGCUGCAUUUUCUUUCAGGGUUGUACCCAUUACUGUGUAAUCCCACCCCUCCAUUGAAUGUUGAGAGAACACUGCUAGAAUCAGUACUCCUCAUUGCAGGGUGCUAUACAACCUGGUAAAACCAGGAUGUAACCUUUUUGAAAUGAUUUUUCCAGUUUAAAAUAUUGCUACUCUUUCAGUGUUGAGAGUCCAUUUAUUCAAGAUUUAAAGCAACCCCCCCCCCCUUCCCCAUAAGGAAUGGUGCACUCCAUCCCUGUGCUGCUCCCUCAAGGUGUGGAGUGUACCAUUACUGAUAGGGGUGUGUCGGCCUUUCCAAGGGCUUGAAUUGGCUUGUGAAUGGAGCAGGUGUAGGGAACCAGUAACGGGAUGGGAGAAACCUUCUCAAGGGAUGUAUGAACAAGACAAGGUGGAGGUUUUAACUGCUAUCAAACCAUUUAUCAGCAUGCCAUUCAUUUCAGCUGGGUUUAAACUGAGCAGCUAAAGGCUCAAUAUAGUGUGUUCUAGCCU